AUGCUCUCCGACCAUUCUUCCUCUCAGGCUUCUCCCCCAUCAUCAACCACUCAUUUCGCACGACGAUCUCCUGUUGUCUUUCGGCAUGCAACAUUAGCUCCCUCAAGCAGCAGCACUUUUGGUAUUUUCAAUUCGAGUAGCAAACGACUGGCAUGUCCAUGCCUGAAUUUACAAAUCAAUGUGGUUCCAUCAACCACUAUUCCUUUUGAUGAAUGGUCCUUGAAGGGGGUAACCACCAACAAUGAUGAGAAUUUAAACAACAAUUUUACAUCAAAUUCUCCCAACAACAAUAACAGUACAACAAAGCUUUUUUCAAAAUCCGUUGUUCAUGAAAUUUGUACCAGAUUUCCGAGUGUUGAGAGCAAAAAGGUGCAAUUCUUGAAAGGCUCUUCUAUUGCUGGUGUUCAAUCAUCACUUGAUAUUUUCAUGGAAACUCAUAUCGUAGGAGCAGAGGAUGGUGAUGCAAAUUUUAAAGUGUACAGAUGUUUGAAUUGUGAAACGUUUUUCGGGAUUUACAUGAUGAACGAGCAAGUGUUUUUGUUGAACUCUACUGAAUUGAUUGAUGAAUCUCUUCAAGAAAAGAUCAAACAACAAGAGGAUUACUCCAAAAUAUUUCAUAUUGUUCCGAAAGCAAGUACAACCAAUCCAUGUCAAGAACUUGAUAAUGAAUUACAGAAACAUCAAAUUCUAGUUCAGUAUCAAAAGGAUAUGCAAAAAAAGCUAAAUGAUGAAAAGUUGAAUAUGGAGCAAAGAAUCAAAGAUUUUAUGAAGAAUGAAAAACUUCAAUAUCAAAAAUUAUUGUUAAAAACUCAAGCAGAAAAAGACAUUAUAUUUAGAAAAGCCAAGGGCAUCUUGUCACAACAACAAUUUGUACCAACACUUGUUUUAGAAAAUGGAAUAGAUCGCUCUGAGCGUUUAUCAGAGACCAACAUGUCACAACCCAGAUUUAGCACAAUUUCUCAAGAUGAAUCUGGCCUUAGCGAUACGUCUUUUGAGGCAAGCCCAAACACCACUAGUUUCACACUUGAUGAAAAAAUCAAGCAAGCAAUGAGCACACCAAGUUUUCAAUCUAAAAAGGAAUCUAAAAUUACGCUUUCCAAACAACCUGAACAACCAAAAUUAAGUUUUAAAAAAUCAUCAGAAGUGACAUUGCCAUCCACAGAAGAUGAUGACUUAACUCAGAAGAGUUUCCACUAUAGAAAAAUGGUUUCAAAAAAUCUUAGUAGAACAUACACACCUGGAGCGUUCUUUAAUUUUGACGAAGAAGAACCCGAGACAACUGAAGAUAAUGAAACUCAAAAUGAAGAGGAAGAAGAAGAAUUGGAUUCGACAACAGAAACAGAAGAAUUAUUGUCAAAUAAUGUCGCAAACACGGAACCACAAGUACUGUCAACAACGACAGCUCAACAACCUCGUACACGAAGACGACUCGAGUUUAGGCAACCUUCACAACUUCCAAAACCACAAGUGAAUCUAUAUGGAUCAAGUGUACCAAUUUCUAUUCCAAUGAGACCCAUGCGAUUAGAGAAUACAGGUGGUGCUGAAAAAUUACCUCUCUACUAUGAGGCAACCGAUAAACAAGUCACACCAGAGCAAAGAAAGGAAAGAACCAAGUCAUUUAAAACCAAACCGCGACUAGAUGAUGAUCCUUUCACAGAGGUACCUCAAUCAUAUAUUGAAAGAUACAUGACAUUUAGAGAUGAAUAUAUCAAAAAGAUUGAAGAUGUUCCGUCCUCACAAGAAGAAGAACAUGAAAAUACCAGUACGACUGCUGAACAUAUUGACUUGGAAGAAACUGAGCAAACUGCUUCAACAGAAUCUCACAAGGAUGAGGAUGAUUUUUCUUUAGAAAAUGACGAUAAUUUUGAGUAA